AGGUUGGAAGUGAGGACUUAUCCAGACCCCCCCCCUGCAUGCAGCUCUUCUAAGGUUGCAGUAUCUUCAUUUCUGAGCCCCCCUCCCCACCCCCACUCCUCCUGUUUCUCACCAUGUCCUCCACCUCCUCCUCGUACUCCUCCUCGGGGGAGACCAGUCCGGAGGAUGUUCCCCGCGGCGGCGGCACCAUCAGAGUCUACCUACCCAACAAGCAGAGGACGGUGGUGAACGUCCGCCAGGGACAGACGGUCUACGAGAGUCUUAAUAAAGCGCUGAAGGUGAGAGGCCUGAGCCAGGACUGCUGCGCCGUGUUCCGCCUGCUGGAAGGUCGGAAGAGGCUGACAGACUGGGACACGGACAUCACUCCUCUGGUUGGAGAGGAGCUGCUGGUGGAAGUGCUGGAUGACAUUCCUCUCACCAUGCAUAACUUUGUACGGAAAACCUUUUUCAAACUGGCUUACUGUGAUUUUUGCCACAAGUUUCUUUUUAAUGGCUUCAGAUGUCAGACGUGUGGCUACAAGUUCCACCAGCACUGCAGCAGCAAAGUGCCUACGGUGUGUGUUGACAUGGAUACAGUGACCAAGCGGUGUGAUGCCAAUCCCUGCACAGAUGAUUAUCCUCAGAUACUGUUGCCUGAAAACUCUCCCUCACAGAGCAACCUGGUCCUAACCCCAGAGCCUGCUGGAACAGGCCUCCUGUCCCCGACCUUCAACUUUCCAACAACAGGGGGAGAUGGCCAGUCUCUACAGAGACAUCGCUCCACCUCAACUCCCAAUGUUCACAUGGUUAGCACCUUGGACCCUGCUAAUGUGGCCAUCAUAGAGGAAGCUCUGAAAUACAACACAAUCGGUCCUGAGCCCUCACCAAAACCCUCCACCAGCCCGCCCUCCUCUCUGGGCUCUCCAGGGAGGAAGCCACAGAGGUCCCCCUUAGAGCACAAGGAGCGCAAAACCUCUUCGUCCGACGACAAGAAGAAAGUGCACCGAGGAGGCUACAGAGACUCUAGUUACUACUGGGAGGUCCCCUAUCGAGAAGUCACCUUGCAGAAGAGAAUAGGUACCGGCUCCUUUGGGACCGUCUUCAAGGGCAAGUGGCAUGGAGACGUGGCCAUCAAGAUCCUGAAGGUCAAAGAGCCGACGCCUGAGCAGCUGCAGGCCUUCAAGAAUGAAAUGCAGGUCUUACGGAAAACUCGCCACGUCAACAUCCUGCUGUUCAUGGGCUUCAUGACUAAACCCAACUUCGCCAUCAUCACCCAGUGGUGUGAAGGUAGCAGCUUGUACCGCCAUCUGCAUGUCUCAGAAACCAAGUUUGACACGGUGCGUCGCAUUGAUGUGGCCAGACAGACGGCGCAGGGCAUGGACUACCUUCAUGCAAAGAACAUCAUUCACCGAGACCUAAAAUCCAACAAUAUUUUCCUCCAUGAGGGCUGGACUGUAAAGAUCGGAGACUUCGGCUUGGCCACAGUCAAGUACCGAUGGAGUGGCUCGCAGCAGGUGGAGCAGCCCAGCGGCUCCAUUCUCUGGAUGGCCCCUGAGGUCAUCCGGAUGCAGGACAGUAACCCCUACACCUUCCAGUCUGAUGUGUACGGCUACGGAGUGGUUCUGUUUGAGCUGAUGUCAGGAACACUUCCUUAUUCCAACAUCAACAACAGAGACCAGGUUUGGUGCUAAUCUUUCAUUAAUGCA